CCGGGUGGCGCAGGCGCAGUGUCCCUAGGCCAAGAUGGCGGCGCGGUGCCCCACACGCUGGUUGCUGGUGGCUGUGGGGUCCCCGCGGCUGCCGGCUACAGCGGGGAGAGGAGCCCGGCCACCCAGGGGGGACGUGGUGGGGGCUUCACUGGGCCACAAGCUGAACGUCACUGCAUUCUCGCCUUCCCUGAGAGCUCGAGGCUCCGGGGCGCUGCUGACAUUGAGAACUGGUGUCAGCUUCAAAGGAGUAAAAAGUUACCCUUUUGUUCGUACUGCAUCCUUCCACACGAGCUCCCCUUUGGCCAAAGAGGAUUAUUACCAGAUACUAGGAGUGCCCCGAAAUGCCAGCCAGAAGGAGAUCAAGAAAGCGUAUUACCAGCUGGCCAAGAAAUACCACCCAGACACAAACAAGGAUGAUCCCAAAGCCAAGGAGAAGUUCUCCCAGCUGGCAGAAGCCUAUGAGGUGCUGAGUGACGAAGUGAAGAGGAGACAGUAUGACACCUACGGCUCUGCGGGCUCGGACGCUGGUGCCUCUGGACAGAGCUACUGGAAAGGGGGCCCCACUGUCGACCCCGAGGAGCUCUUUAGGAAGAUCUUCGGGGAAUUCUCAUCCUCUUCUUUUGGGGAUUUCCAGAGCGUAUUCAGUCAGCCUCAGGAGUAUAUCAUGGAGCUGACGUUUAAUCAGGCUGCCAAGGGGGUCAACAAGGAGUUCACCGUGAACAUCACUGACACCUGCGAGCGGUGUGACGGCAAGGGGAACGAGCCUGGCACCAAGAUGCAGAACUGCCAUUACUGCGGCGGCUCCGGCAUGGAAACCAUAAAUACAGGCCCCUUUGUGAUGCGCUCCACGUGUCGGAGGUGUGGUGGCCGAGGCUCCAUCAUCACGACUCCCUGCGUCAUAUGCAGAGGAGCCGGACAGGCCAAGCAGAAGAAGAAAGUGGUGAUCCCCGUGCCUGCCGGAGUCGAAGAUGGCCAGACGGUGCGGAUGCCUGUCGGAAAAAGAGAGAUUUUCAUCACAUUCAGGGUGCAGAAAAGCCCCGUGUUCCGGAGGGACGGUGCAGACAUCCACUCCGACCUCUUUAUUUCCAUAGCUCAGGCUCUUCUUGGGGGGACAGCCAGAGCGCAAGGCCUGUACGAGACAAUUAACGUGACGAUUCCCCCUGGGAUUCAGACAGACCAGAAGAUUCGGAUGAGUGGGAAAGGUAUCCCCCGGAUUAACAGCUACGGCUAUGGAGAUCACUACAUUCACAUCAAGAUAAGAGUUCCAAAGAGACUCACAAGCCGGCAGCAGAGCCUGAUCCUGAGCUACGCCGAGGACGAGACCGACGUGGAGGGGACGGUGAAUGGUGUCACCAAUACAAGCACGGGUGGCAGGACCAUGGAUAGCUCCGCAGGAGGCAAGGCUAGGCCUGAGGCUGGGGAGGACAAGGAGGGAUUCCUUUCCAAACUUAAGAAAAUGUUUACCUCCUGAUAUCCCAGCCGAGGAAAACGGUCCACUGGGAACUAGGCCGGGAGCAGCAGCCCCUCCGUGUGGCCAGGGCCCUGGAAGGAUUCCGGAACAGCAACACUGCGCCCUUGCCUGCAGAGGCCCUGGACCACCUUGGCGACAGCAAAACCAUGUGACAACACACCUCUCCACGGACUAGUCACAGGGGACAGCCCCUGGGCAGUAGGGCGUGGCGCCCAUAAGGGAUGGUGGAAGUUUCCCGUCCAUGGGUAGGUAACUUGGCCUCUUCUAGCUCAGGCAGAGUAAAACAACUGGACAUUUCUUGCAGAGCUAAAACUCUAAUCUGGAAUCAAAAGUGGUGGAGAUAUUAGUUAAAGAAUUAAAGGCCAUGCUUACAGCUUAAAAAUGAAGCCUUAAGCUGCACUGAGUCAUGAAGUGAUUAAUUUCCCUCUCAGCAAACCUCCGGGAGCUUCUGGAAUGAGUCUUUUCUGCCAGAUUGUCUUUUUGAGGAACCUGGAGCUUGCACGCCCCACAGUGUCCUCCACCCCUCAGCCAGGACACCCUGUGCUCUUGUCGGAGUUUAUGUCCCAAAGAUCCCAAACAGCUGGAACGUAGGCGCCUUGGGGCCUGGGGACGCACGUACAGAGGGGGGGUCCCCAAAGAUGUCAUUCCUGACCAUAUGGGCCGAGAUCUUUAUCAGGACGGAUAGUCCUUCCUUCCACCCUGUGUGGGGUGGUUUCUUGUCCCUGACUGUUGAGUUCUGUUGUCCUGGGGCAGGCGUUAAGGGGGACUCUUGCCCUUCUGCUCAACCCCAGCUGGUCACAUUUACAGCCCAGGGCCGACUAACAGCCUGUCACCCCAGAGGCCUGCCCCUCUGCCUGCCAGUGGCUUGGUUCUCACCACUCACAUUGCUGACAUCGGUUUUUAGAAGUGUGUGUAAACUACUCAGUGCUGAGAACUGCUGUCGUCUCUAUAAAUGUUUGUUCAGAAAAGGAAAGCACAGUCUGAGAGGUUGAAGGUUUCACCGUCCAGCCAGAGCAAAACACACUGUCCCCAGUCUCAGCUUGUAGGGUGUGCGGGCUCCACAUGCUUCCAGAUCCUCCCACUGGUAAGACAGGCUAAUGGAGAAGGCUUACAAAUAGUUUCCUUUUUGUUUUCCUUCAUAAUUUACAAAAUAAAGCAUCCAUUACUGUGAUCUAAGAAUGUAAAAUGAUUCUGUAUCCAUGUAAAUAAGAUUACUGCAAAAAGUUAUUUAAAGCCUAAA